GCUGAGUCAGUUAAACGUUAUUUAAUAAAUGAGAAUAAAAGCUUGCAGUACGAUAUCAAAAAAUAUGUUGAUGAAAUCAAAAAUACAUUGAGCCGAACAAAGUAGCUACAGAUCCUUAACAAAGUGCAUCAAGUGCGAUUGAAACAUUGAAUGUGGAGCUUCCAAUAAAAAAUCUUGUGGCCUUUCAGAAGUUUGAUACUGACUUAACAGAGAAAGCAUCAAAAAGAGAGACAUUGCUUGCAUUUUUCCGGAUCAAAAUUUUUGGUGAAAAAACAGCGAAGGAUGCAUUUGUAAAAUGACAUCUGCACUGAUGACCAAAAAUGUUGAAAAAAAUUACUCCGGUACUGGGAAAAGAAUAAAAGGCGUGGAAAAACUUAAUUUUAGCGCAACAGAAACAUUUAAAUGUAUGGAAGAUGUCGUCAAAGAGAAACUUGGUGACUGUGAAGAUUGCAAAAAUUUUGCUGAAAAAGUUGGCCGGUGGUUUUCAGGGCAAGGAGAUCGAGAACAGGGUCGAAAACAAAGAUCCUUAUCUUUAUAA